CAUAAAAGAGCAUGAGGCUGCCGCUUUCCCUGCAGGCAUAUACUCUGAGCCACUGAGGAAGCUUCAGCACAGCUCUGUAGGUGGCCAGAAUGCACAGGAGUCUCAAACUAAGCCAGAACCACCUGUAGCAACUGGGAGACCACACAUUCUGAAUUUAAGUGAAGAGUUUGUCGAGAGUGAGUUGGUGGUAGAACCACAGCAUAGAUGUUUAGAAAAUGUGGUCAGAUGCCUUCCAGAAAAGCCACAACUUUCCACUGAGUCCAGGAAUCACAGUAGUUUGCAUCCCCAAGCCAAGUUCAUAGCAAAGUUAAAGCACGUCUCCGGUCCCCGGGUUGACAGUCCCUGGGAGGAGGAAGAACAGGAGGGAGACCAGGCUUCAGGCGGUGGUGAUGAACCUGCCCAGGGCAGGAGUCCCCCACGUUCCGAUGAAGGUAGCUUGGAUGGCUGUCAGGUUAGAGAUGCGCGCGGAGAGGAGGUGGCUGCAGCCAAGCCCCCUGUGUCCAGGACAUUUUCAUCAGGCUUCAAAGGCUCAGCUGCUGUCCCCUUGGGGCAAAGUGGAGCACCAUGGCCUGCAGCCCAGAGCCCUGACCAGCCCUCUUCUGGCAGGGAGCAGCCGGCUCCCCGCCACAGGUGCUCGGUUCCUGUGAUUGCAAUCUUCUCUGGCCCCAAACACUCCAAGUCCUCCCCUAGACAACAGUUCUCUGUGGUCAGCUCUUCCCGGUCUCUUCAGGAGCUGAACUUGAGUGUGGAGCCUCCUUCUCCUACAGAUGAGGAUACACAGGACCCUAACAGAUUGUGGAACACACAUCCCAGGGACUAUUCCUCAGGAAGGUCGGCGGCGAGAACAUCUCUGCAAGUUGAGGGCUGCAGUCAGAAAGCCUUGUCUAAUGUGGAAAAUAGCACUGCUGAUCACAGGCCCCUGCAACCUGCCACCCCUCCUUACCCGACGUCUUCAGCUGUCUCCUGUAUGCCAACCCCUGAUUUCAUGACCAGCUGGAAGUCUGGUACUCUGGAACAGGCCCGGCAGGGAAAGCCAGCGAGACGAGGUGACCAGCGCAGCCCAGAGAAGCGGCACUCCGAGGCGGACAAAGGAGUGUUGCACUUUGGCUCCAGUGACAUCAAUCCCUAUGUCCUGCCCUGGUGGCCAGAGGGGCCUGCGUGCAUUGGCUGGAAGCAGUAUGUGUUUGGCAGUGCAGUCAAUGUCUCCUGUAGCCAGACACCCCAGGGCCUCAUACCAUCAAACAUUGCCCGGUGCUCCAGCAUGGACAACGGCCUAGACGACCAGAACGCUCUAUUCCACUCCCACCUCAGCACCUAUGCCAGUGCCCGGGGCCUGUUGAGCACACACAGCAGCAUUGAAAAUGCCCGAGGUUCACAUGAGGCCUGGGAAGUAUGGGGUUCCUCAUUUGCCUUGGGAAACUCCCGCAUCCUAACUGACUCUGAAGGAGCAGCCCCCACUAAGGGUCCUGACAAGAGAGCCCAGUUCCCAGGCACCCCUGAUGAAGCAGGCUGUCUGAGGAGUGAGGCCCCCUUGGCUGAAGGAAGUGCUGCAGGUCCAGUGGAUGAGAUUAUGCUGCUGUAUCCAUCAGAGGCGGGCAGCCCUGUGGAGCAGUCCAGGGUGAGCACCUUGGAGCAGGGCACACAGACCCAGGGCUGCAGGCUCCACUGGAGCUACACUGACAUCUCCUCUGCUCAGUCAGAAGCCAGUGCAAUGCCGGUCCCUGAUCUGGCCACUUGGACCAGCAUGCACAACCUGUCUCUUCACCUCUCACGGCUCCUGCACAGUACCUCUGAGCUGUUGGGGAGUCUCUCCCAGCCAAGUGUGACUGAAAAGGAGCAGAAUACCAAGAGGGAGAUCCCAGAUGAGGUGCCUGAGGUCCUUAUGAUGGACAGCUGUACUCAGACCACUGUGGAUGAGGGCAUCCAGACUGACCUGGCCUCACCACCUUUGCAGCUCCAGGCCCCAGAGGCCAACCCUCAGGAGGUCCGUGUAGUCCUUGAGGUGCUGGGUACAGAUAUCUCCACCAUGUCUCAAGAAAAAGGACAUGUCCCAGGGAUACUUCAGAAGAGAGAGGCAGAGGAAACAGCAUGGAAAACAGCAGGGCCCCCAGAUCUUCAGGAAGAAAGCCCCCACUGCAGGCCCCAGAGCCCUCCAGGACCCUUAUCCCACUUGAGGUUUCAGAAAGCCUCCUUUGGACAGAACCUCCCUUUUGUGAGCCUCCAGGCUUCCCCUGAUGCCUCCCUGCCUCCCAGCUCUCAGCCAGAGGAACCCUCCUGUUUGGCUGUCAGCAGCCCCAGCCUCAGCAUCUCGCAUUCCCCGGGGCCCUGCCCCAGUGCUGUGGAGUCUGUCAGGGAGCCUGGGGUUCAGAAGGAUCUGUGCCCCACAAAUGCCUUGUUGGUGGACAGGGCCUCUUCCCCAAUCCUCACACUUAGUGCCAGCAUCCAAGCAUUGGGGCUGCCCUCAGCCUCUUUGCCUCUCUGGGCCCCCUCAGCUCACCCUCUUGAAGGCCACCAGAAGCUUGUCUCCAGCCCAGACCUUCCACUUGAUGCCCCUAGGCCUCCAAGGGAUAAUUAUUCUCAAACCACUGAAGAGUCAGAUGGCUCCCAGAGAGUGAGGGCUCCCUGUGGAGAAGUCAGAAGUCCCUUAGAAAGGAGCGAUGGCAGGUCUUUCCUUGAGAUAAGCUCCCCCAGCAGCCCACAGCAGAGCCCGAAACUCCAAGUUCAUUUCUUAGAGCAGCCCCCUCAACAGCUUCAGCCCAGGACCACCACCUGGGUCCAAAGCAGACUGCCACCUCCACCACGGAGCAGGAGCCAGAGGCUGGCCGAUCGCUUUGUGCCUGAGGGCGUGGCUUCCCUGGAAUGUGGCCCACUGAGCAGUAGGGGGCUAAGGCAAGGACAGAGCAAGACAGAAAAUGGGGGUGAGAGUUCAGCAUCUCCUGUGCAGCCACAACCCACUCUGGAUAUUUCCUCUUCGUGGGGAGGCCUCCAGCACCUUAGCCCCUGUCGUGUCUCUAAACUAACUGGUACCACAGGGCUCCAGGGUUCCACCUUGGGCCCGACUGAGGUCUGCCAACCUGAGGGGCUGCUGCGCCUCAGUUCCCAGAUGUGCAUGGCACCUGAGCCCCAGCAUCCCAGCCUGAGGGACCUCCCAAUGCAUAACAAAUUCAGUAAUUGGUGUGGGGUUCAGGAUGGCUCUCCUAGGGGGCCGGGUAUGAUGGAUCUCAGCUCUGGAGAGCAGGCACAGAGGCCCCCACAACCUCCUGACAACCAGAGCCAGGAUCCUGAGUGGUCCCAGAAGGAGCAGAUCACCCUGCAAGUUGGGGCCCAGAACCUCUCACUCAGCAUGGAACUCACAGAAGCGAAACUGCACCACGGCUUUGGCGAGGCAGAUGCCCUGCUGCAGGUGCUGCAGAACGGGACCGGGGAGGCACUCAUGGCCGAUGAGCCUGUGCUGUCCACUUGGGAGGAGCUCUAUGCCCGGCAAAAACAAACCAUUGAGACUCUCCGGAGAGAGCGGGCUGAGCGACUUCAGAACUUCCGCCGGACACGAAGCCUCAGCCCCCAGAAGCAACUGAGCCUCCUGCCUAACAGAGAUCUCCCCACCCGGGACCCUGACUUACCCAGUAGGCGCCGAGAAUACCUGCAGCAACUGAGGAAGGAUGUUGUGGAGACCACCAGGAGCCAAGGGUUGGCAUCAAGGUCUGCUCACCCACCCUCUGACAUAGAGCUGAUGCUACGAGAAUACCAGCGGGCCCGUGAGGAGGCCAAGGUGGAGAUUGCCCAAGCCCGGGACCGACUGCGGGAGCGGGCUGAACAGGAGAAGCUGAGAAUCCGCCAGCAGAUCAUCUCCCAGCUGCUGAGGGAAGAGGAAAAACUACAUACCCUGGCCACCUCCAGCUCCCUGUGCACCAGCUCCAAUGGAAGCCUCUCCUCUGGUGUCACCUCUGGCUACAAUAGCAGCCCAGCCUUGCCAAGCCAGCUUCAGUCCCCAGACAGUGUGGGAGACACAAACUUGCCUGAUUCCAGAGUCUCCUGGAUAGGGGAUGUGCGGGGCCAUUCUGCAGUGAGGAACAGUCACCUGAAUCUGGCCGGGUCCACCUGGAAGAGCUUAGCCUACAGCCGCAGAGCCUCCCUGGGCAGUUGCUGCUGUUCUCCAUCCAGCCUGUCCAGCCUGGGGACCUGCUUCUCCUCCUCCUACCAGGACCUGGCCAAGCACAUUGUGGACAUCUCUAUGGCUGAUGUAAUGGCUGCUUGCUCAGAUAAUCUGCACAACCUCUUUAGUCACCAGGCAGCAGCCGGCUGGAACUAUCAGGGUGAGGAGCAGGAGGUGCAGCUCUACUACAAGGUGUUUUCCUCUACUCGGCAUGGCUUCCUGGGGGCAGGUGUGGUGGCCCAGCCGGUGUCUCAUGUGUGGGCCGCUGUGAGUGACCCCACCUUGUGGCCACUGUACCACAAGCCCAUCCAGACAGCACGGCUGCAUCAGCGGGUGACCAACAGCAUCAACCUGGUGUACUUAGUGUGCAAUAACACCCUGUGUGCACUGAAGCAGCCGCGGGAUUUCUGUUGUGUCUGCGUGGAAGCCAAAGAGGGGCAUCUGUCUAUCAUGGCAGCUCAGUCUGUGUAUGACACAUCCAUGCCAAGACCCAGCAGAGAUAUGGUCCGAGGGGAGAUCCUGCCCAGUGCCUGGAUCCUGCAGCCUCUCACCGUGGAAGGGAAGGAGAUCACCAGAGUCAUCUACUUGGUCCAGGUAGAAUUUGGUGCUCCAGGCUUCCCUGCUCCACUCCUAAGCUCCUUCAUCAAACAGCAGCCACUGGUUAUAGCCAGACUGGCGUCCUUCCUUGGUAGUUAGCAUCUCACCGUCAAGAUGGUGCUGCUGAGAUGCAGGCCCAGGAUAAUCCAAAGAUGCUGGGGCAGCUCUUGUUACUCUCUGUACCAUGAUGCAAGAAGAGCCAAGGCUACCUGCUGUGGCCAACUGGACAGACAGCACUCAGCCCCGAGUUGCCAGUAAAGCCCACUCAGUACUUGGUCACGGCUGGCACCUCUACAGAGUGAGGGGGCCUGAGCUCCUGGUCCUGGCUGUGAAUGAAGCUGAACUCAGCUUUCUGGAUUUCUCUCACCUUUCUUUCUCAUCUCUGGGAUCCUAUGGCAGAUGAGCUGCUCGAGGACCAGGAUUGGGCACAGCCAGCAGAGCUGGGAGACUGCAGUGCUGUCUGCAGAGUGGUGCUUUGUUAGUUUGGCCCAGCCUUUGGGCUGGUAGGGAAACAAGCAGCCAUUGGCCACGAGUCUGCUCAGAAUCUGCCUCCAGCAUUCAGCUCCACUGUGGGAUGGAGUGUUAGGAAAUACCAAAACAGAAAAACAGUUUAAAAAAACAGCUGCACAAACCAGAACAUUGAUUCAGAAUUGUUUCUCCUUCUUGAAUUUUACAAAAUGCUUUAUUAUUAAUUUUUGCUUUUCCCUCCUCUUCCUUUCCCUCACAGGAGAGGACUUCGGUCUUUGCCUCAGUCAGGGGUACUGAGCAAUGAUCUGUCAUGGAGCCAUCACUCCAGAGCUCAGUAGAAUGGGAAGACCACUGUAGAAGUAGGUUAGACAGAUUUGGGGUCAAGGUGGGGGCCUAGCUCUUUGAGGAGGACUGGGGGGUCGGGGGGUGGGCAGCCGGAUGCUAGCUGCUGACAAGGCAAGAGGAAUUUCAAAGAGAUGAACUGAAGACAGGAGAGAAGAUAAUGGAACUCCUAGAGGUGGUAAGUGAUUUGUUAGACGAAAGCUCAGUUCCAUUCCUUACCUCACUCAGAGCCUUGGUCCCAGCCUUCAGUGAUCUCUUAAGCAUUCCACACUGCUGCUUUUAGGCCCACCUAUUCUAGGAUGGGAUGGAGAAUGGGUUCAGUUUUCUUGUACCUUAGCCUGACUGAACUUGAGUUUUGAAUAUUCUGUAUGGUUACCUGGAGUGGGGGGGGAGGGAGAUGCCCAGCUUCCGUUCUGCUGCCCAGAAUCUUUGGUGGAAGA